CUUUCUCAUGGCUGCUAAUUAAAGGUAAGAUAGAUAGAUAAUGAGGGGAGUUACCUUUGACGUGGCUACCUUCAAAACUCAGCGUCAGCUGCUGCUGAAUCAAUCAGAAUACAGAGGCAUUUGAGAACACUGAGCUUUAUCAAUUGUCAACUGUGGCGGCAAUGUCCUCAUUCCCAAAUACUCUGCAGUUUCUCCAACCUCUUUCUCACACUAGCACCAAAUCCCUCAGAAAAUCAGUUUUGGCGCGAAACUCUUCAAAUGGCUCUGUCUCCCUCAAGCAAAUCAAAACUACCCCAUUCCCAGGCAAAGCAGAGGCUGAUGUUGUAGUCAUUGGGAGUGGUAUAGGUGGAUUGUGUUGUGCCGGGCUAUUAGCUAGGUACCAGCAAGAUGUCCUUGUCUUAGAGAGUCAUGAUCUACCCGGCGGUGCUGCUCAUUCAUUUGAGAUUAAAGGCUUUCAAUUUGACUCCGGCCCAUCUUUGUUCUCUGGUUUUCAAUCCAAAGGCCCUCAGGCCAAUCCUCUUGGACAAGUUCUGGAUGCAUUGGGUGAGACAAUUCCUUGUGCCAGUUAUGAUUCAUGGAUGGUCUACCUACCUGAAGGUGAAUUUCUGUCGCGCAUUGGUCCCACAGACUUUUUCAAGGACCUUGAGAAGUAUGCAAGUGCAAAUGCUGUUCAAGAAUGGAAAAAGCUUUUGGAUGCCAUUCUUCCAAUGUCUGCAGCUGCAAUGGCUCUGCCUCCACUUUCUAUCCGAGGGGAUUUGGGUGUUCUUUCUACUGCUGGAGCUAGAUAUGCUCCCUCUCUAUUAAAAUCUUUUGCUCAAAUGGGACCUAAGGGAGCGCUUGGUGCCACAAAGCUACUAAGACCAUUUUCAGAAAUCAUGGACUCAUUAGAACUGAAAGAUCCCUUUAUACGUAAUUGGGUGGAUCUACUGGCUUUCUUGCUUGCUGGGGUGAAAUCUAAUGGUAUACUUUCAGCAGAGAUGGUUUAUAUGUUUGCGGAGUGGUAUAAGCCAGGUUGCUGUCUUGAAUACCCUCUUCAUGGAAGUGGUGCAGUUGUUGAAGCUCUUGUUCGGGGAAUGCAGAAGUUUGGUGGAAGGAUUUCUUUAGGAAGUCAUGUGGAAAAAAUUGUUGUUGAAAACGGUCGAGCCACUGGGGUCAAGCUAAGAAGUGGACAAUUUAUACGUGCUAAGAAGGCUGUUGUUAGUAAUGCAUCUAUGUGGGACACUCUAAAUCUAUUACCUAAAGAAGUUGUUCCAAAGUCAUACGAGAAAAGGAUUGAGAUGACCCCUCAAUGUGAAUCCUUCAUGCAUCUUCAUUUGGGAUUUGAUGCUGAGUGUACGCAUAAAAACUUGGGAAUUCAUCAUAUAGUUGUCAAUGAUUGGGAUAGAGGGGUUGAUGCUGACCAGAAUGUUGUUUUGAUAUCUGUACCAAGUGUACUAAGUCCGGAUCUGGCACCACCUGGGAAACAUGUCUUGCAUGCCUAUCUUCCAGGAACUGAACCCUUUGAUUUGUGGAAAGGAUUGGACCGUAAAAGUACUGCAUACAAAGAGCUCAAAGCUGAAAGAUCUGAGGUUAUGUGGAGAGCUGUGGAGCGGGCACUUGGUCCUGGGUUUAGCCGUGAAAAAUGCGAGGUCAAGUUAGUUGGUUCUCCAUUGACGCAUCAAAGAUUUCUUCGAAGGAACCGAGGAACAUACGGGCCAGCAGUAGAAGCUGGUAAAGACUCUAUUCCUGGGCACUCCACUCCGAUUCCUCAACUUUAUUGCUGUGGAGAUUCUACUUUUCCUGGCAUUGGAGUCCCUGCAGUUGCUGCUAGUGGUGCCAUUGUUGCCAAUUCACUAGUUUCUGUUGCUCAACACUCUCAACUUCUUGAUGCAAUUGGAAUCUGAAUGCCUGGGGAUAAUCUUGGGGUACUUAUCCAGCUCAUAAAAUAGUAUAUUUUGUAUCAGUUUUGAUAAGGAAAUGUAUCCUUGUCCUUCCAAAAUCACUUUGUUAGUAUAUUGGAAAACUUGUAGUACUGCUACAUACUCUGAAUGGAUGACGUGAAUAUUCUUCUAUA